AACAAACCUCAUGUGUCUACUGUGACUUCAAGAUGCCGCUGGGUCAAUUUGAAAACGUUGGCGUUUUGAUGAGAGAUUGUGAAGGUGUAUUAUUGCAACACGACAGCGCCUGUUUGGAAGUGAUCACUACUGAGAAAGUCACGUUCUGGAGCCAGUAUGAAGAGUGCCAGGACUGUAUGUUGCUGGCUAAAAAGAAUAUCAGUUCCAGUGGAUCUUUAGUCUUUCGCACACUAAGCCCUGUGCAUUAUAGCGUGACGAAAUACGAAGAUGGCAAGGAACCUAUUUGCAAUGGCACGUACUGGUUUGGCGAAUUCGGCCAAUACAAGCUCAAUGUCACGGAAGUUACAAAUAAUGAAUGUUUGCCAAAGAUGACGGCCGAGCCCGACGCGGCGUAUUUGCCCAUUUUGACCACUGUAGUCGUUCUCUUGGCCAUGGCCACAAUGUGGUACGUGGUCAAAGGGAUUGGAAAGAGAUUGGCUGCGGGUAGAUUUAUUGCAAAUUAUUUUGCCAGAGAAGACAACGAGCUGGGUUCAGAAACACGAGUGCUUACGACAGAAGUUAGCGUACCACGUCCCCCUACUCGCUCGCGGCUGCGUUCACUUGACAUAUUCAGAGGGUUCUGUAUUGCGCUCAUGAUUUUUGUAAACGCCGGCGGCGGCGGCUACGACAUAUUCUCGCACUCAACGUGGAACGGCAUCACCGUGGCCGACGUCGUGUUCCCUUGGUUCGCAUUCGCGAUGGGCGAGGCGCUAGUGCUGUCCCUAAACGCCAGACUUCGCACUUCACUACCACGAUGCACUGCAUUUUAUCAGGUGGCCCGCCGUGCCCUAUUCAUGGCUCUGAUAGGCAUAAUUCUGGGCGCAGUGCAAGUCUCCUGGACGAACGUACGUCUACCCGGAGUGCUCCAGCGCUUGGCCGCCAUGUACUUCAUCGUGGGGGCUGUGGAGUGCUUCUUCAUGAGGACAAGCCAGAAUAUAACACCAGGUCGUUCUCUCUUCCGUGACAUAGCAGCCGGAUGGCAACAGUGGGUGGUGACUAUCGCCCUGGUAGCCGUCCAGGUUUGCGUAAGCCUACUGGUGCCCGCUCCGGGCUGUCCCCGCGGCUAUCUUGGUCCCGGGGGGCUCCACCGUUCUGCCCUUGGCGAUCAUACCGUCGCAAACUGCACUGGAGGCAUUGCUAGUUACAUUGAUAGAGUGGUCCUAGGCGCUUCGCACCUGUACAAAAACGGCACCUUCCACAAGCUGUACGACACCACGGUGCCCCACGACCCUGAGGGUCUGCUGGGCAUACUGUCAGGUGUACUGGUCGUGCAAGUCGGAGCUCAUGCCACAAGGAUCAUGUUGGCCUAUAACCACGCACGAGCCCGCAUCAUGCGAUGGGUUUUCUGGUCUAUAAUAUUGGGCGUUACCGGUGGCGCCCUCUGCAUGUUUUCUAAGAACGGCGGUCCGAUCCCGAUCAACAAGAACCUCUGGUCCCUCUCUUUUUGCCUCGUGACGUCCUCUAUGGCGCUCUUCAUACAAGCCGUGUUGUACUUCGUCGUUGAUCUCAAGAAUAAAUGGGGUGGACGACCUUUAUACUAUGCUGGCCAAAACGCCCUAUUCCUCUACAUAGGCAGUGAGCUCCUGAAAAAACACUUUCCCCUCCACUACUGCUUCUCGGCACCGACACACGCGCAGCUGCUCGCCGCAAACGCCGCCGCCAUGCUCAUGUGGCUCGCCGUCGGCAUCGCGCUAUACAAACGACGCGUGUUUAUCACCCUGUAGUGAUUUCUGAUCGCCUUGCACUUGGUCCUAGUGUUGUACGUUAAUUAAUAGAAACUAUCGAUAGUCUAUUAAUAAUGAAGUCGAAAUCUAAUUACAAUACCAGUGGUGCUAUAUAAAGUGUCAGUACUGCAUCGAGUAAUACUAUGAAUGAUGAGCGAUAUUAUUCGUGAUAUUUCAUUAUGUUGCAAACAAUAGUACCGCCAAUUUUCAUAGGAAGUAUCCUAAUGCUAAUAAGCGUUGUCGAUAGUAACAGCACUAUUAGUAGUAGUAAUAGUAUAAACACUAAUAGAACAACAAUGCGAUCGAUAUCGAUAAGUGCGUUCGAGUACGGACACUGUUAGUGAUAAGUGUUAGGAUACUAUUGUAGUAUGUUGAUUUUGUUCCUAUAUAAAUUUACUAAAAGUCUAUCGAUAGUGAAUUUGUAAAUAAUUGUACAACACUACUUGGACUUUGGAGACUUGUACGGUAUGUAUGGUAACGUUUCGGCUGUAGCGCGAUCUGGCACAGAAUACCUAACUGUAUUAGCACUUGAAGACCAAAUCAUAGAACGCUGAAAAAUGAUUACAAUAAUCUCAGUACAGAGUACUAAAACAACCGACUUCCAAAGUCAUUCAUCCCCUAGUUUGCCACCCUUGAAUAUUUUCUUCCAAUUUAAACUUUUUCCAACAAAAAAAGAAUCGUCAAAAUCGAUUAUCGCGUAAAACAUUAGAAAACAGUCAAAUUGAGAACCUCCUCCUUUUUGAAGUCGGUUAAAAAUGUCCCAACAUAGUGAAAUUUCAUUAAAAAAAAGAAAAAUUAAAUCAAUAGAGUCAACACAAUCACACAGUAAUAUUAUGCAAAGUACUCUUAGGUUUUCUUCUAGGGUUAGGGUUUCUUUGUUAGGUUUGGCACUGACAAUAAUUUCUCAUACAUCCGACGAAUGAGCGCAUAAUUUCCCAACAGUAUAGGCAAUACCGUCUGCCGCUGUAGGUAUUUGUAGCGCGCGUAAGGAGUGCGCAAGAUCCAUUAUUGGCCCUAUGCGCUAUAAAGCCGUCAGGUUUCGACCGCGGAUUGCAAUUGCGUAUGUAUUGGCAAUUCGGUAAAAACAACGUUGAAGCACUAAGCAACCACGAAUUGUGAGCACUUGAAGUGCUUUCAUUUGACGCGAUAUGCAGCGGAGCACUUCAGCAGACGACGAACAAUCGACUGCGGGACUCAGUGUAUUAAUUAAUAUGAUAUAACAAACGUUGGUAUGAAACGACCACGUUAUGGUAAUUACGGGUCGGCCUGUCUUCAGAGGACAGACUGACCACAGUGUGGGAUACGUCCUCCUUUUUUGCCAAAAGGGAAAAAAUGUAUUGUCUACUAUAGUCGUCAAGAGCAAAACUAUGUUUCCAAAAUCUUUUCAAAGUAAAACUUCUCCCAAUAUAAGUAUUUAUAAAAAAAAUUAUC